UACAAACAAACAAAGACCAGGAACUGAAAUUUGAAGAAAGAGGAAAGAUAUAGGAAGGGGGAAAUUGAAGUGAAUUUCGAAGAACGAUCAUGGCGAGGGAAGAGAGCGGACCGAUACUGCAAUUCGCGCCGUUUCAGAGUUCCGUUGACGAGGGAUUUUGGCACAGAUUGUCUUCUCUGAAGCUCAACAAGUUCGGCAUCGACGAUUCUCCCAUCCCAAUCACCGGUUUCUAUGCACCAUGUUCGCAUUCUCAAGUAUCAAAUCACCUGACACUUCUUGCUGAGUCUCUGCCAUCUGAUUCUAACGAAGAAUCAUCCGCGGAAACUAUAGCUCGUGGCAAUCGAAACAGGUGUUCUGUUCCAGGAAUUCUUUACAACUCGAAUACCUGGGAGAGCUUCCUUGCCCUUGAUAAACAUAGCUUGCUAAAGGCAGAAGCAGAAAAGAUUUGGGAUGACAUUCAUACUGGAAAAGCUGUGGAGAAUUGUGCAGCAUUAUCGAGGUUCCUCCUUAUAUCAUUUGCAGACCUGAAAAAAUGGACUUUUCAUUACUGGUUUGCUUUCCCUGCUCUUGUACUUGAUCCUCCAGCAACUUUGGUUGAUUUGAAGCCAGCUUCACAAUUUUUUACCUUGCAAGAGGCAGAAUCUGUAUCAGGAGCAUGUAAUGAAUGGCGGAACUCAAGUGCAACUGCUGAUGUGCCAUUCUUUUUGGUCAGUCUUAGUUCAGAUUCACGUGCUACUGUUCGGCAUUUAAAGGACUGGGAGAUUUGUCAAGGUGAUGGUGAAAAGUUGCUAUUUGCCUUUUAUGAUCCAUGUCAUCUUCCAAGCCAUCCUGGUUGGCCUCUCCGCAACUUCCUAGCACUUAUUUGUUCGAGAUGGAAUCUCCAAAGAGUUCAAUUCCUCUGCUACAGAGAGAAUCGUGGUUUUGCAGAUCUGGGGCUGUCCCUUGUUGGUGAAGCCUUGAUCACAGUUCCACAGGAAUGGAGAGAUCGUCAGUUUGCACCCAAUGCUGUGGGAUGGGAACUUAACAAAGGGAGAAAGUUACCAAGGUCUAUUAACCUUGCUAAGUCUAUGGAUCCAACUAGGUUAGCAAUAUCUGCUGCAGACUUAAAUUUAAAACUAAUGAGAUGGCGAGCUUUACCAUCGUUAAACUUAGACACCUUAUUUUCUCUUAAGUGCCUUCUCCUAGGAGCAGGUACACUUGGCUGCCAGGUUGCUCGCAUGCUUAUGGCUUGGGGUGUCCGUAAAAUUACACUAAUUGACAAUGGCAAGGUAGCCAUGUCUAAUCCAUUGAGGCAGUCCUUAUAUACAUUGGAAGACUGCCUCCAUGGUGGUGAUUUCAAGGCUGUAGCAGCAGUGAAAAGUCUAAAGCGAAUAUUUCCAGCAGUGGAAGCAGAGGGUGUUGUUAUGGCCAUUCCAAUGCCUGGACAUCCGGUGCCUAGCCAAGAGGUGGAUCGUGUGCUUGAAGAUUGUAGACUACUUAGUGAUCUGAUUGAUUCUCAUGAUGCAAUUUUUUUGCUGACUGAUACUAGAGAAAGUCGAUGGCUUCCUACCCUUCUUUGUGCCAAUGCUAAUAAGAUAACCAUUACAGCAGCUCUAGGGUUUGAUAGCUUCUUGGUCAUGCGCCAUGGACCUGGGCCUUUUAACCAUGUCCAUGACUUGAAGGCUGAAACUUUGGAAUCUUUAUCCACCGGAAUGGACAAUCUUGCCAUAACAGCUAGAGAUGGACGGCAGAGAUUGGGUUGUUACUUCUGCAAUGAUGUGGUUGCACCAACUGAUUCAACUUCCAACCGGACUUUGGACCAACAGUGCACCGUUACACGUCCAGGAAGUGCUCCUAUUGCUUCAUCUCUUGCAGUUGAGCUUCUAGUUGGCAUCUUGCAUCACCCUCAUGGGAUAUUUGCUGAAGCUGAGAUUUCAAACUCCAAUAAUAGUGGAAAUACAGAGCUUCCUCUUGGUAUCUUACCACAUCAGAUUCGAGGUUCCCUCUCUAACUUUUCACAAAUGACCCUUGUGGGUCACUCCUCUAACAGUUGCACAGCUUGUUGCCAGACCGUUGUAUCCGAAUAUCGCAACAGGGGAAUGGAAUUUGUUCUUCAAGCUAUCAAUCAUCCUACUUAUCUAGAGGAUCUUACCGGUCUAACAGAACUGAUGAAAUCAGCCAACUCCUUUCAGCUGGAUUGGGACAAUGAAACAGAUGAUGAUAAUGAUGAUAAUUGUGUUGAAAUAUAAGGAGUUAACCAACUUCCUCGAAAUUUAUUCUUUUGUGACAUCUUAUCAAUUGUACAAAAACUACUGAGAAAAAAAAUUUCAAGUUUAUGUUUGUUCUCAGCUUCAACUUUCUCUUGUUUCAGUCAGACAGCUUUCUUAUUCUGUAACUAGUGCACUGCCUCCCUCGUAGUACUG